UAUUUGACUUCGGCGCGAGGUAAGUGUGUGCGCGUGAGAGAUGAAGACAAAGAGCCACGCGUAUCGUCUUUUUUGUGACAUGGUGGGUGGUUCUGUUUAAGUCCUUUAAAAAGACCCUGUUCGGAGAAUCACACGCAGAGAGGGAACGUACGGGAGUGGGCAAAUCCACGGAACCAUGACGCACAGGUCAGCGUAUCUCCUCCAAUGAUGCUUUAUUGAGUCAUUUAUCCAGAGGAAACCAGUGCUGCUCGAGUCAGUCUCUGCCAUGGACUCUCUCAGCUGUUUUGUCUUACGGAUAUCGGUUCUUCUGUACGGCACCUGCGGGGUUCUGGCGCUCAUACCGGGAAUAUCCGAACCGGAGUUCAUCCGCAGGUGCGUGCUGGCGCAUAAUGCGCACCGCUCGCGCGCCUCUCCAACUACGGCCAGUUUGCGCUCAGUGUCAUGGGACAAAGAAUUGGCCAAAGGAGCCAGGGAUCGAGCGAGACACUGCAAGGCCUCUCAUGGACCCUCCAUGCCACAUUUCGGACACCCGCUGUUCGGGUGGAUGGGGGAGAACAUCUGGUUGGGUGUCCCAUUUUCCGCCUUCUCCGUGGAGAACGCUGUACAGAGAUGGAACAAUGAAAGAGCUUAUUCACUUAAAAAUAACAACUGCUCAAGACUGUGCGGCCACUAUGGACAGUUAAUGUGGUCCACAAGCUUCAAGAUGGGCUGUGCUGUUAACGUGUGCACUAAAGGAAUUGAAAACUUCUCCACACACCCAGAAUCCACCAUUUUCGUCUGUAACUACGGCGAUACGGGACAUGUCCAUGGAGUGACUCCGUAUAUAUCAGGUGUGGCGUGCAGCGGAUGUGGGUCAGAGAUCUGUCGAAACAACGUCUGCAGACAUGAUUGGUUCCCUGGGUGGGACUAUGGCCCAACCUCUUCAGCUCAACGUUUUUCUUAUUGGCUAAUAUAUGUUGGACUUUGUUUACAGGGAGUUUGCUGGCUACUUGACUUUUAUGCAACACAUUAAUGUCAUUCUGUGCAGCUGUUUCAUAUAACGUCUGAGGCUUAACUCAUUAAUUCUUGGCACUGAAAUUAGCACUGACUUAAAAGAUAUAAUGUGAAGAAAUUUCUCUAUAGCAAGUUUAUAUAAACAGAGUUUUCUCACUGUGUACCACAUUUUGUUUCAGUACACAGGUAGCUCUACAAAUGCAUUACUUACUUAUUUAAUAAAUCGUUCAUGUAAGUAUAAAUGUGAUAGUUGAAUAAACUUUAAUAUUUUAUACGCGUA